CUCAUAAUUGGGAUAAGAUUAAGUAGAGAACCAUUAAACAUUUUUGUAUUUUUUAUAGAUACAAAUGACAUUACGACUAUGAAGAAAAAAUGGAAGUCAUUGUGUGAUACUUAUAGGACGUAUAAAAAUAAGCAGCAGAAACCAAGCGGUUCAGCAGGGACCUCACAAAAGAAAUGGGUGCACUUCGAACGAAUGAAGUUUCUUAAUGAUAUGCAGCUCGAAACAGAAACUGUAACCAAUAUCGCGACAUUUCCCAGCGAAGAGUCUAAUGAUACUAUGACUUUUGAUGAACACAGUAGCAGUGAUCGUGGAUCACGUAAGCACAAACGUAGCUGCAGUAGCAUAGAUAGCGAAGAUGGUUCCAAUUUUGACCGAUUAAUUGAUGCUAUAAAUCAACCGAUUAACAUACCACCGUUUGUGCCUCCUAAGCCACCACCCUCUGACAAAGCAACUUUGUAUGGUAACCUUGUUACUGCUCAAUUACGAGAAAUCAAUCCUGAGGUUAUGGAUGACAUAAUGCUGCAAGUGAUGCAAUUACUUAAUAAUGCUAAGAAAAAUAAUUCUUAUUAAAUCACCGCCGUUUAUUUCCUCUACCGACUGACAAAGUAUAGCUUUAUUUAGUUUUACAAGUAUUAAAUAUGUAUUAAAUAAAGAAUAAAGUUUAUAAUA